AUGGCCUCUGCCAGGAGCGGCGGCCGCACCGGGCCGAGGGACGAGGAGGCCAACGGCGACCUGGACCGCUCCCUGCAGCAGAUGCUGCGGGCGAUAGCGGAGGAGCGGAGCCGCGCCGGCCUCCGCCAGGAGAUCAGCGGCCUCGGGUGUUUCAAAGAUGACCGUAUUGUGUUCUGGACUUGGAUGUUUUCAACAUAUUUUAUGGAGAAAUGGGCCCCUCGGCAAGAUGAUAUGCUCUUCUAUGUCCGUCGAAAACUGUCCUAUGUCACUGGGGAUAGUACGGAGGGGAAAAAGCAGGUUGAAGUUGAAGUUUACCGAAGAGAUUCUAAGAAGCUUCCUGGCCUAGGUGACCCCGACAUUGACUGGGAAGAGAGUGUCUACUUGAACCUCAUCCUGCAGAAGUUGGAUUAUGUAGUGACAUGUGCUGUGUGCACGCGUUCCGAUGGAGGAGAUAUUCAUAUUCACAAGAAGAAAUCUCAGCAAGUGUUUGCAUCUCCUAGCAAACACCCAAUGGACAGUAAAGGAGAGGAGUCAAAAAUCAGCUACCCCAACAUAUUCUUCAUGAUUGACAGCUUUGAAGAGGUUUUCAGUGACAUGACUGUGGGAGAAGGAGAAAUGGUCUGUGUGGAGCUGGUGGCCAGUGACAAAAGCAACACCUUCCAAGGGGUGAUUUUUCAGGGGUCAAUCCGCUAUGAAGCACUCAAGAAGGUCUAUGACAACAGGGUGAGUGUUGCAGCGAAGAUGGCUCAAAGAAUGUCUUUUGGCUUUUAUAAGUACAACAACAUGGAGUUUGUCCGAAUGAAAGGGCCACAAGGGAAAGGACAUGCGGAGAUGGCAGUGAGUAGAGUUUCUACUGGUGACACUUCACCGUAUGGGACAGAAGAAGAUUCAAAUCCAGAAUCCCCAGUGCAGGAGAGAGUCACUUCUUUCAGCACGCCGCCAACCCCAGAACGCAACAAUCGCCCAUCCUUUUUCUCCCCAUCUCUCAAAAGAAAAGUGCCCCGAAAUCGAAUUGCUGAGAUGAAAAAAUCCCACUCGGCAAAUGACAGUGAGGAAUUCUUCAGAGAUGAUGAUGGUGGAGAUCUGCACAAUGCGACAAAUCUGAGGUCGCGGUCCUUAUCUGGAACAGGACGCUCUCUGGUGGGCUCAUGGCUGAAGCUGAACAGAACAGAUGAAAACUUUCUACUCUAUGCACACUUAACUUACAUCACUUUGCCAUUGCAUCGGAUUUUAACAGAUAUCCUGGAAGUGCGGCAGAAACCAAUUCUGAUGACAUAGCAGAGAGCGGGCACUGCCUUGGAGCCUUGUUGCCAAGUGCCUAACCACAGCGGUUUUCUGUGCUAACACUACCAUCUAGUGUCAGGAACAUAAACCUCCGCAGGAAAAAGGGAAGUCCAAGAAUACCAGCCGAUCAAAAGUGCCUCUUUCUUCCUUCCUCUGCUGUCAUACACCGAAUGCCCACUUGCAGUACAUCGCCUGAGUGUUUCUGACUGGAAGAGGACUUUGAGCAAGAUAAAACAAGAAGGGGCUGUGUUUAAAACGAGUCAAUGCUUUAUGGACAGUUUGUUACUGUGUUUACUUUAUAACUAAGAAAUCAACAACAUGUACAGAAUGUGUUAAACUUUAUAUUCUUUGAAAGAAACAACCUGAGAAUUUCAUAAUGAUGUGCUAAUGAACGUCGUUCCAUAGACUCUCACCCAUGCACUCUCCUUGUCGGUUUGGCUUAAAUGUUUGUUUGAACAUGUGUGUGUGUGCGUGUGGGGAUUGAAGGGGUGAGAGAAUAAUUUCCUGCUGGGAGAGGAAAAGGAAAAAGAUGGUACAAAGAUACAUCACCAUUUUGGUACGUGAAGCAGGUCAGAGCUUAAGAGGCUGAAAAUGUUCCCAUUUAUUUACAUGUCAGUGUUAGGACAGGUGAACUCUGCUGACAGAUUUCUGUAUCUACCAAAGAACAGCAACAUUUUCAUCCUCAAGAACUGGCUAAGAAAAUGAGCCAGUGAAAAAAAGGCUAAAAUGUGCUGCUAUAGUAAAGCCGAGGUUCAUACCCAGUACCAAUGCUGCUUAUCUCUCUGUUAGCCGCGUCGAUACAAGUUUGAGUCUCAAGUGGAAAGACAGGAGGCCAUAAUGGGACUCCAAAAUCUAAAAACCUUACCAAUAACCAACAUCCUCCUGCAUGCACUGGACUUCAGAAUACAUAGGGUCAUCCUUGUGAUAGUAUUUGUAGCCAAGGAGAGCAUGAGAGCUGACUAAUGGUUGGGCAGCUUGCCUGGAUUCUUUAUCUCCUGGUUGGUGUUUCACUACCGUUACAUGCCAAAGCAUGGCACGUUUUCUUGAAAGACAAGAUUGAAAUGUAAUUCUGCUCUGAGAAGUGACUAAAAAUUGCAUAGUAGGACGUCUGAAAUUUGUGUCAGGAGCUCUCAGGAAAAAAGCCUUAUGUUUACAGGUAAAAUGCAGCUUUCUCUACAUAGCAGAACUCUGCUGUCCUUGACAUUUGAAAAGCUAAAUGAUUCAAUACUGAGACUACUGCAGUCUGGUUCACUGUUUUGAGAGCCAGUCAAUACUUAGUUUACUUACAACUGCGUAACUGGCACAGCAGUGGGUGGGGUAGUGUGUUGCUUAGGGCAUGGGAGACUCCAUACGUGCACAAAGGGAGAGCAAAGAUGCCAUUUUUGUCACUUUUUAGACUCUGAGCACCUCAAUCUAAUGCUGUUGCCACAGUUACCAAGUGGUAUGUGCUUGGAGCCUGGACCUUUGUCUCCCUCCCAAAGUGCUUUGUUGUUAUUCUGCCAAUAGCAUAUGAUGACUUACUCUCUGAAAUAGGAUUUUCUGCCUUUUUUCCUCAGAUUCCAUUGGAAUAGCUCCACUUCAGUAUAAAGGUAGAGAUUAAGUUUACCAUUCAGCCCAACAUGGUGAAUCCAGCAUGGUAAGGAGGUCUUUUUCUAUUUGAGGCUAGGCCUAGCAGCAGUCAGCAUUGCACAGGGUGAUGGCAUUUCUAACCCUGGCAGCAUGAGUGCAUGGCAGGGACAGCUGACCAGUUUUCAGCUUGCUUCAAAUGUGUUGCAGCAGCGUUAGAGAAACGUUCACUUUAUCAUUACCAGCACAGCCACUUUUCACAUUGCAGCCUUUUAACUUUGCUCUGUGGGACUGUGUGGUACUCUGUGUGUGUGUAUAUGUGAGGGUGUGUACAUGGUCUAACCUGAGGCGUGUAACUUGAGUGCCUAGGCUUUCUUCCUGAGCCAGGUUAGAGAGGUGGAGUCCUAAGUCAGCAGCUGAAGUGCCCUCUCAAGGAGCUCACUAGACAGCUUAGGUGCUUACCUGAGGUCCUGAGGCAGUGUGCUUAAUGUCAGUCAGUAGAAAUAUUCUCCCUGGGGCCAUGCUGAGAGUUAAACCACUCUUCAGCUAGAAGACCAGUCCUACUCUGAAGCCUCUCAAGAUGCUCCUUAGUCUGCACUUUCAUACUGAUGGGCCAGGCCAGUCAGUGUUUGGUUUUCCUUUAAAUAUUCAGUAUGGAGGGAAGGGAGAGAGGGUUAAUAUUUGUACUACUAGUGACAAUUGAUAUGUUUCAGUCAGUUAGAGGAAUAACACACGUGGAAAGGAAAUGAAUCCAGAUUGGAACUCGAGUGCUAGGUGCCUGAAUACUUCUCGGUUGAGAGUAAUUUGAAAUGCUUGUUAGCGUGUAUUACAUUCAGGUAAGUUAAUUUCAUGUGAUCUAGAAGACCGAGCAAAUCUUGCUGCAUAAGAGUUCAGAGCAAACAAAUGAUUAUAAACUAGUACAUUAGUACAAGGGCAGAGUUAGAGAAGGUACAGUUCAGAUCCCACACCUGUUAUGCAGGAGGUAUCACCUGUUUGUUACAUGUAUGUGGGUGGAUUUUGAUGUCUAGUUUUUGAAGGACUGCAAUGUAAAUGUCCUAAAAAGAGCUAGUUUAUUACUUGUAUGUUGCUAGUGGAUAUGCUGUAGGUAUGCAGCAGGUACAAUGUCUCACCUUUUCUAGUAAAAAAGGGUACAGGUAUGCCCAGAUGUACAUCCAUAGAAAACAGAGGUCAGGAAGUCUACUGAAUGUCAAUAGUGCUUUUCAGAAACAAAUAGAUGUGCCAGAUUCUCAGUUAUUCCUUCUCUAAACUUAGACUUCUUAUGUAUUGUCCCUGGCUCCCACUUUCUGUUAUGGGGGGGGAACAGAUUCCAUGUUUUGUUCUCCUUUUAAACAAACCCUGGAAACUGUAAUUUAUUGUCCUUGUAUAGACAGAUUAAUGGGGAAGAUGACUGAAGUUUUGCUUGGGUCAAGAUGGCACAGCCGGACCCUUAGCAUGCUAUUGCACUAAAACAAAACAAGAAAAGAGAAUGUUAAUAGGAACCUCUCACCCUUUUCAUUUGGAGUGGUUCUUAAUUCUGUAGCUCCUAACCAGUAAACCAUUUGAGCCUCUGUUGGUCAUUUAAACAAUUGCUGAGGAAUAAACUAGUAUGUUCGGAGUGCCAUAAAGGCUGUGUUGGCUGUAGAUGUCUUAACUGUUGGAGCACAGUGGUUUUCAUUUGUUAUGUGGAUGAUUGAGAAUGCAGCAUGAUUAACAGAUCUGGGAGGCUCUGCAGAGCAGCUUUAUUUAUUUUCAGAAUCCCACCAUGCUUCAUGAAGCAGUUAACUUCUUCCUUCCUUCUGCCCAUUCACUCCUUCUGGAGAUAAGAGGUUUACUACUUGAACUUUCCAUAGAUGAUAUAUAUUGAUAGAUGCCAAAUGCAAAGAUGUAAAUCUUCUCACCCUUAACAGGUUUUUCACUGCUAUCAAUUUAAGAAGUAAAAGCUGUUGUUUUCUAAAGACAGCUUUUACAUUAAUUAAUUUGUAUUAGCGGAUUAUUACUCUGCCUUAGAGACAGUGACAUAUGUGAGACUGUGUUCUCUUACAGCCAGCCAGUGCAGGGUGGGUUCCAAGUCUCCUUUUAAAAGAAGCCAUUUUUAGAAAUGCCACAAAUCUUUCAGCUCUCUUGGCUAAUCUGGUUUGUGUAGGUUCAUGUUCCUUCUCUUUUUAUUCUCCUGCUCUUUGCUGUUUACAAGACUUAAGCGUGUUGGGCUCUGGAUCACUGUUACUCAGUUUUACAUUUCUGGGCAUGCUUUGCUUUCCAGAAAACAGGAUUGUUUGCACAGGUGAGUUAUUGCAGUAAAACAAUUUUCCCAAAGUAUAUUCUUAAACCAAGUUUUAAUUAAAACACUGAAGGCUCUGGCUCUGCAGACAGGUUUCUUCUGGCAGAUCCUGAUGCAGAGAAUCCCACCUUGUCACUGAAGUUCUGUAUGGAUGUGGAGUCCACAUACAUAGUCUACACUCUAAGACUAUUGACCUGUUUCUUGACAGUCACUGAUUUUUCCCUUCCCAGAUGAUUGCUUGUCCUGUCUUUUGUAGUCUGAAGCUUCCCCUUAUUACAUGAGAUAAAAUCUUCAGAAGUGCCUAAGCCCUGUUGUUAUCCAGUGGGGUUUAAGAACAAAUUUUUAUUUAGGGAAUUAAUGAAGUAGUCUUAAAUUCUAUCCAUGUUGUGUGUAGCAGCGUCAAGAAAUGGCAAAGUUUAUAGUUCUUGGAAGAACCAUUUGUCUCCUAUGGACUCACCCUUUGUGUUUGAAAGACUCAUGGUCUCCAAAGGUCACGGCUGAAAGCUCUGGAAAAUGGAUUCCUUGUGGUCACAGCAGUCAGAUAUCUGCGAAUGCCUUAUUUGUUUUGUGAGGUAUGACUAAAAGUGUGUGACACUGGUGUGUAGAAAUUCUGUGUCAAAAAUAGGUGUGGUAGAAUCCGGUUAAAGGCAUUGUGAAGUGAAAGCUUUUACACCAAACCUUAAAUGAAAAAGUAUUUUACACCAGAAUGUAGCUGUUUUGAUGCUUGGUCAAGAUAAUACAAGGUUGCAAGCAGGUUAUGAUGUUGAACGUUCUCUGUGUAAAUAUAUAAAUAUUCUCAGCCUACUUUUAUCAGACUAACACAUGUUGCAUGGUUUGGGUUUUUUUGCCUCAUUGAUCCAUCAGUGUUGAUUAGAAGAUGAUGGGCUGAAAAUCAUGCUGGCACUAUACUGAGCCCUUUGAACAAAGAGCAAGGAGAACCUUUGUGCACCAAAAAUGGAGUUGACUUUGCAUAUGGCAGCAGUGAAGAAAGUGUUGGACCCUGCAGCCAAUAAACAGACCUCUUAAAUGACCA